CCCAACAUUGCUGACGUGAAACAGCAAGUCUUAUACAGCAAAGGCAAUUUUCAAAUUAUGAGGAGAGUUGUGGUAACUGUGAUACUCUUGGUGUUCCGUUUUGGGGAUGUUCGUGGUAAAUUAUACUAUGUUACAAACAGUGUUGAUAGAUAUGCAUUAAUAGAUUGUAUCAACUUCAGUAAACCUUUCGAAUGUUUUGUGGAUCAAAUUUCCGAUAAAAUCGAAGACUCUCGCAUGUCGGAUAUUCCUUUAGCCGAAGGCAUCAUGCUAUUAAGAAAUGGCAAUAAAGUAAAUCCCCGGCGAGCCAGAAAUUUAAAAGGUUUGGGUCGACUUGAAACAACAAUUUGGAAUUUUUUCGACACUCAUUCCAUAGCAUUGGAACUUGGAACCAUUGGCUCCAGACAGUUAAAAGAUGGAGAGAACAGAGCCGGUAAUAAAAAAGAGCCAGACAGCCUCUUUAGUUACGAACAACUGAAAAAGGAAAGGAAGUAUGUCCAAUAUGCUUUUAUGGUACUUUUAGGAAUUUUUGGUUUAACGGGACCCUUAAUAAUGAAGGUUGUCGCAAUAAUGGCGGCUAAAGCGUUGCUCGCGAGUAAAGCCGCCCUUAUUAUCGUAGGAUCUGUGGCUCUCAAAAAGUUGUUCCAGAAAGAAUACCAAAAACCUUCGGUGAGCGUUCACACUAUAAAAGGCGAUGAAGAAGACGACUACGAUAGGAUCGGACAUCAUGGAUAUAAUUACAUUUACGGCAGCACCUAUUAUAACAACUAUCCAUACGCUGAAUAUUCCUGGUACGAGAGUAAUUCUGACAAUAUAAAAGAUGCCAAUAAAAGCGACAGUUAA